AUGGGGGCAUCAAUUCCAGAACUCCACAAUCUCUUAACGCCGAAGCUUCCUGACACUCGGCGUGACACAAGUCCUCUCGAGCCUGGCAAGAUGGAGUCUGAACUCCAAUCCCAAAUUUCUGGCCUUGACCGAAUCAUUACCGAAUACUCAGUAGGCUACCUGACCCAUGCCGCAAACCUCUACGUCGACGAUGCCAGUGGCCAGUCACCACUGACUGAGGCCGCCGAAUCCGUGACUGAACUCCUAGUGUCCGCCUCGGGAGAUUUCUCCCCGCAAAACUACGAUGCGAUCGGCAACUUGGUUUCGAGGUUCAUCACCGCGCUGAGCUCUUCCGAUGGCGACCCAGAGCGCAGGCAAAUGCCCUUCAAGGCCAAGAAGCUUGAACAGACUAUCAAUGUCGGCGCACAGCGGAACAUGUCUUCUACACUGGGUCUGACUGGAAACACCGUCGAUUUGGAAUCUGCCAAUGCCAGAAAGAUGGAGUCUAAGGUGGACAAAAAGAAGCUCGAGAAGGCAGAACGCAAGAUUCGCGCCAAGCAGGACAAGAAGUCCAUGAAGAACGUUACCUACGAGGCAUCCCGUCUGCUCAACCAGCCGGAUGAAGCCAUGUCCUACGAGGAGUUCUUCAUGGCUGUCAACCCUCUUCAAAUGGGAUCGGACUCCCAGGCUAAGAGCAAGGAUAUUAAAUUGGAUAACGUCGACAUCUCGAUUAGUGGCCUGCGCAUUCUUACUGAUGCUGCUUUCACACUCGCUUAUGGUCGUCGUUACGGUCUUGUUGGUCAGAACGGUAUCGGUAAAUCUACACUUUUGCGUGCCUUGAGUCGCAGAGAAAUCCCGAUUCCGACCCACGUUUCUAUUCUUCACGUUGAGCAAGAGAUUACUGGUGACGAUACACCAGCGUUGCAAGCAGUGUUGGAUGCUGAUGUGUGGCGGAAACAUCUUCUCGGGGAGCAAGCGAAAAUCUCGAAACAAUUGGCAGAAAUCGAAGAAGAAAGAUCUUCAUUGGCGGAUACUUCGAAGGAUGCUGCCAGACUCGACGAGCAACGAGAGGGCUUGGAUAUCACGUUGAGUGAUAUUCACGGAAAACUUUCUGAAAUGGAGUCUGAUAAGGCCGAAUCCCGCGCGGCCAGUAUCUUGGCUGGUCUUGGUUUCUCCCAGGAGCGCCAGCAGUACGCCACCAAGACCUUCUCCGGAGGUUGGAGAAUGCGUUUGUCUCUCGCACGAGCUCUAUUCUGCGAGCCCGAUUUGCUAUUGCUUGACGAACCGUCCAACAUGUUGGACGUUCCAUCAAUUACUUUCCUUUCCAAUUACCUUCAGGGAUACCCUAGCACAGUUCUUGUUGUUUCUCACGAUCGUGCAUUCUUGAACGAAGUCGCCACGGAUAUUAUCCACCAGCACUCCGAGAGGUUAGACUACUACAGAGGUGCUAAUUUCGAAUCCUUCUACGCAACCAAAGAGGAGCGCCGGAAGACUGCUAAGCGCGAAUACGAGAAGCAAAUGGCCGAGAGAGCACACUUGCAAGCAUUCAUUGAUAAGUUCCGAUACAAUGCCGCCAAGUCUUCCGAGGCACAAUCAAGAAUCAAGAAGCUUGAGCGCAUGCCAGUUCUUGAAGCUCCAGAGGCCGAAUACACGGUGCACUUUGCAUUCCCCGGAGUCGAGAAGCUUUCACCACCUAUUGUCCAGAUGUCCGAGGUUUGCUUCGGCUACACCAAGGACAAGCCUCUUCUCAAGGAUGUCGAUCUAGAUGUUCAACUUGAUUCGCGUAUCGGAAUUGUAGGACCUAACGGUGCUGGUAAGACCACCGUCCUGAAACUACUCACCAACCAGCUUGAACCAACAAGCGGUCUCAUCUCCACAAACUCGAGACUGCGCAUUGGAUUCUUUGCCCAACAUCACGUCGAUGCUUUGGACAUGACUACCAGUGCAGUCGGCUUCAUGACUAAGACAUACCCCGGUAAAACCGACGAGGAGUACCGACGACACCUGGGAGCGUUUGGUAUCACUGGUACAACCGGUCUCCAACGCAUGGAGCUGCUGUCCGGAGGUCAGAAAUCUCGUGUUGCGUUUGCUUGUUUGUCCUUAACCAAUCCUCAUAUCCUUGUUCUUGACGAACCUUCCAAUCACUUGGAUAUCGAGGGUAUGGAUGCCCUGGCGGAUGCACUACGGGCAUUCGAGGGAGGUGUGGUGAUGGUUUCCCACGAUGUGACCAUGUUGCAGAGUGUCUGCACCAGUCUCUGGGUUUGCGACGGCGGUACUGUUACCAAGUUCGACGGCACCGUUAACGCCUACAAGAAGAAGAUCAGUGCGCAGGCUGAUGCUUCCGAGCUAGAAGAGCCUGAAGAUAUGACGGGCGCAGAUGAGCAAUAUCAAUCAGGUCCCCACGCCCCUUUGCUCGCCUCAUCCCACGCUUCUUCAGAUCAUGGCGACAAUGACCAUGAUGGGAGCCUGGCCUCUGAGUUGGAAUAUUCAGGAGGCUGGUUUAUAUGGGCGUUAACCUUCUCCGCUGGAAUAAGCGGUCUGCUGUUUGGAUAUGACACAGGUGUUGUCUCGUCUACUUUGGUGACUGUCGGGUCAGAUCUUUCGGGUCAUCCGUUGACAACACUCGAUAAAAGCCUCAUCACAUCCUGCACCAGCCUAUUUGCGUUAAUUGCGAGCCCGUUCACUGGUGUCCUCGCGGAUAAGUUUGGUCGUCGGAAGGUCAUACUUGGUGCGGAUCUGUUGUUUGCACUUGGAGCUUUGAUACAAGCGUUUACAAGCCAUGUCUGGGGUAUGAUCCUUGGGCGUAGCAUUGUUGGUCUUGCUGUUGGUAGCGCGAGUGCGGUGACCCCAUUAUAUAUCUCCGAAUUAGCUCCUUCGCACGCAAGAGGAAGACUGGUCACGAUUCUCAGUCUGUUCAUCACCGGUGGCCAGGUGGUGGCAUACAUAGUCGGGUGGCUGCUUUCUAGUACAACUGGAGGCUGGCGGUGGAUUGUAGGCAUUGGGGCAUUCCCGGCCUUCUUUCAGCUUGCCAUUCUCGCUCUGCUACCCGAAACGCCUCGAUGGCUGGUCCAGGCUGGAUUCGAUACUCGGGCGAAGGUAGUCCUGACCAAGAUCUAUCAGGAUUGCCUUGGGUGUGAUCAGGUGGUGGAUCGUGUCUUGCGCAAUAUCAAUGGGGAAAUCGUCCAAGAGGCAUCGGAGAUGGGACAACCCAAGUCUCCUGGCACAAAGCCUCAGUGGUUACACGAUACCAUUCAACGGGGUCAGCAAUUGUUGCAUGGUGGAAACAGAAGAGCAUUGAUUAUAGCCAUGAUGCUCCAGGCGGUUCAGCAGCUCUGCGGAUUCAAUAGCCUGAUGUAUUUUUCAGCGACCAUAUUCUCCUCUCUUUCGUUCUCCUCGCCAACACUAACAUCACUCUCAGUGGCUAUGACAAACUUCGUCUUCACGCUGCUUGCAUUUGUGCUGAUUGACAAGAUUGGUCGCCGGCGCAUUCUCCUGUAUUCUAUACCUGUCAUGGUCGUUGCUCUGGUCGUCUGUGCUUUCUCCUUUUCGUCUAUGGAUGGCAAAUGGAACUCAGAACCUCCAACUAUCCCUCAAGAAAACCAUGAUAGCCCUAGUUCUCUUGUGCCCCUUGCAGUUCUGAUCUGUCUUACUGUGUAUACUGCAGCAUAUGCCCUCGGACUCGGCAAUGUUCCCUGGCAGCAGUCUGAACUCUUCCCUCUGAAUGUACGUUCUCUGGGGUCGGGCUUGGCUACUGCAACCAACUGGGGAUCGAACUUUAUCAUCGGCCUUACAUUCCUGCCUAUGAUGGAAUGGAUUUCACCCUCAUGGACGUUUGCUCUCUAUGCACUCGUCUGUGUAGUUGGGUGGGCCGUUGUAUGGGCAAUUUACCCUGAGAUGAGUGGACUAGGCCUCGAGGAGGUCAAGGGCUUGUUAGCGGAUGGUUGGGGAGUUCUCCAGGAGAUCGCAUGUUGCCUGCCGACCGAUCAUGAUAUUCUUCAUCUCUCCCAAUCUUGCAAAGAGAUAUGGGCCAAGGUCUAUGAAUACGAGUCCGCCGUCUGGCGAGCUCGCUUUGCUGAACACUAUGACAUGGCCCCGAGAAGAACUUCCAGGGAGUUGAUGUUCGAAUACCAGACCCGCGCCAUUGUGCUCAGCGCUCCAAUCCAAUUCAAAGAGCAGGAAGAUGAUCGUCAAUACCUUUGGAUGGAGGUUAUGCAGACUAUGCUCGAGGAAUCACUGAAACUACCAAUCCCCCUUGGAGCAACCUCAAAGACCCUGCGAUGCAUCCGUGAGACCCUGAGGAAAGUAGAUUUCCUGAGCGAGUUUCGAAAAGAAGAAACUUCCUCGCAACUCUUUUAUGCUCUCCAGCUUUGUCUAACUUCGUUUGCCCUCGACCCAGCCAUCACCGAGCCUUGUCGUCGAACUGACUACGACAUCAAGCAAGUCUACUCAUAUGAAGACAAGGUGGGCGAGGCAUUCAUCGACCACGACGACCUUGAUCUAGCUAAACUGCUGAACUUGCGUAAUUUCUGGCAACGUCACUUCUUGAACGCCUCCGAGCUUACCUACCAAGAAUCCUUCUCUGGGCUGCCUGCAGAGCUAAAGCCCAAGACGCGAAAGGAAAAUACAAACGAGGCAUCCAAACUAAGCCCAUCAUGGCUAGGAUACUACUCGUGCAUUCACCCGCUGUCAGACCUGCAAAACGAGCGCCAGACAUGCGCUGAUCUUGAGACACAUGGCGACUCUAUCGACAUAAUGACCUUUGACCUUCAACCCUCUAAACAGUUCUGGCCCGAGGAAUGCAGCAAGAUUAUCCCUCUCGCUGGGAGGCCAGAUACUAAGCGGAGAUAUUUCGAUGGCAAGCAGAGAGCCUAUGGGAGCGCAUAUGAGGUAGGAAACCAUGUGUUCGGCUUUACCGAAGAGAUUGCUGUCCCCCAUGGCGGGUUUGAGGGAUGGACCCGGAUUUGUUUCACCAUCAUUGAGGCAGAUGAAGAGGAAGAGGAAGAGGGAAUGCCUCCCUUCCCUGUGAUGGACGGAGAGGGUUGGAUCCAUGGAUAUGAGGCUGUCAUCAUCCCUGGUGGGCGCAUGAUGCUGGGACGAUGGGUGGACAUGAAGGAGCCAGAGGCUAGAGGCCCAUUCAUCUUCUGGGACGUGUGA